AUGGGCCAGAUGCAGUGUAAGGUCUUCGACUCCAUGCUGGCCUUACCCCAGGACCAGCAGGCCGUCAGAGCCAUGACCAUCAUCGCCAUCACCUUCUGGGUUCUGGGAGUCUCCAUCGUCGGGGCCAAGUGCACCAACUGCAUCAAGAACAAAAAGUCCAAAGCAAAAGUGAUGAUCAUCUCCAGAAUGUUCUUCAUCCUGGCUGUAAUCCUGGUCCUUGUUCCUGUCUCCUGGACAGCCAGCACCAUUUGGGGGAGUGUGGGGCCUCGCUCUACAUCGGCUGGGAGGCAGGGGCCCUGCUCCUGGUUGUGGGGGUUAUUCUGUGCAGCUCCUGUCCCCCUAGUGAGAUUGAAGUCAUGUAUCUAGGAGCCGUUGGAUGGACAGUCUCCCUAGUGCACUGUGUUGUCUAUAGAGUCGUUUCUUAUGGACCCCCCAGUGGGGUCAUGUGGGCUCUGAUGACGAUCACCUUCAUCUCCACCAUCCUGGGAUCUCUGGGAGUGAUGGGGUCCCUCUUUGGGACCAAGUGCUGUAACUGCAUCAAGAGUAACAGGACUAGGGUCAAGGCCAGGGUUAUCCUUGGAACAUUCUUUAUCCUGUCUGGAAUCCUCCAGCUAUCCACUGUCUUUUUGGUUGCCCAUUACAUGAUACAGAAUAUCCCAUUCCUGCUGGAUCAUUUGGGUGUUUUGGGUUACUUGGCUCAAUUCAAUAGGUGGUCCGCCUCCAUGCUCCUGAUAGGAGGGACCAUACGUUGCUGCUGCAUCUUCAAGAGGAACCAGCCAGACUCAACAACGACUCAAUCAACCUCUCGCUAA